UGGCAGAGGAUAAUUUGUAUUGUACCUCAUUCUACUCGGACGGUCUGUUUACGUUUGUGAAAGAAGCCUGUCAUGUCAUAAACAUGGCCGGUGCAGCGAAAAAGCCCGCGAAGAAGGCGGUGCAGACUGUCAAGCAUAAAGAGUUGAAAAAUCCGCUGAUCGCUCGCGGAAUCCGCAAGUUCUCCAAUGCGCAGGUCAUGCGACGCACUGGAUCGUGGAAAUUCGUUAAAGAUCCAGUCGAACUAGCCAAAGCCUUCCAAACACCUAAGAAGGUCGAAAGAAAGACUAUUGUCAAGCAAAUCGGUGGAGAUAAGAACGGCAAAGAGCGUGUGAUUCUUGUCAAAAAACCGCGCAAAUUCUACUCUACUGAGGACUCGCUGAAACCUCCGAAGACCUCUCGCAAACGUGUUUACCGCGCGGCUCGCAAGAGCAUCACGCCCGGCACAGUACUAAUCCUUCUUGCCGGACGCCACCGUGGAAGGCGCGUGGUAUACCUUAAACAGCUCGAAUCCGGUCUCCUCCUUGUUACGGGCCCAUAUAAGCUCAAUUCCUGUCCAUUGCGCCGUAUCCAUCAGAACUUCGUAAUUGCAACCUCGACCAAGCUCGAUAUUACCUCCGUGAAGCUCUCGGAGCAGCUUAAGGACCAGCUAUUCGCUAAGCCCAAGAUGCCUCGUAGCAAGGGUAACACAGCUAGAGGAGGCGACCUUUUCGAGCAGAGGAAGGUGGACUUCAUCCCGUCCGAAGAAAGGAGGAAACUGCAGGUUGAGGUGGACAGCCAGCUUUUGGAAGUGAUCGGGAAAAAUCCAGAUGCGGAGGUCCUGAAGCAGUAUCUGAAGAAGCCCUUCGCAUUGAACUCGAGGAUGUAUCCUCAUGCGCUGAAGUUUUAGAAUAAACCACAGUUCGUUAUGACGCAGGGCCGCAUUGGUCAAAAAAUAAAGUAAAAAAAAACUUGGCGUACUCCUUUUUCA